AUCGUCACACUGGCUUCACCAAAUAAUACAGCACCGCCAGUGCUCUGGCGCGCGCGUCGCAAAAUUGGCCUACAGCUGCGAAGCAUUGAGGAGCCGAGUACGCAGUGCCAAACAACAACACAUCAUUACCAUCACACCGGUCGUAUGCCAGCGGCGGAGCAGGGGGGCACAGGRUGCGUCAGCUUUGAAAACGCCAAUGCGUUAAAUCAGCGUACCGGUGUCCCCCUGCAACUGCAAACUACACAAAAUCAAUAUCAUCAUCACCAACAGCAACAACAAAACCCGCACACCAUGCAGCAUACAACACAAAAGGGCUACGAUGCCGAACAGGCGCGCAUGGAGGCGUGGAUGGAUGAGAAUCAAGAAUUUGUACAGGAUUAUUUCAUAAGGUAA